AUGAGGCUACUGAAGUUUUUACUGCGUUACUUUCCACCAGGUAUUGCACUCGAGUAUACACAGGGUGGUGAUAUUAAAACUAAGAUGAUUGACCUUUUGGAUCUAACCGCAAAAACGGAUAUUAAAGCUUUGGCACGGAGUAUAAAGGAUGCUGAGCCGGUUAUAACGGAGAGUGUGAUGGAUCAGCUCGAGGAGACACUGCAGAGGCUUCAGAGUAAAGUAUGCGACACGAGUGUAAAGCGUUAUUACAAAUAUAAGACACUGCAGACCCAUCUUCUACCGCUGACUAACAUUGGCUUUGAUAAAUUAGGUAAAAGAUGCCUGACGGGCAGCUAUGACCGAACUUGUAAAGUUUGGGACAUUGACAGUGGAACGGAGCUUCUUACUCUCCAAGGCCACAAGAACGUAGUGUAUGCCGUGUCCUUCAACAACCCGACUUCUGAUAAAAUCGUGACUGGAUCAUUCGACAAAACAGCGAGUGUCUGGUGCUCACGAACUGGCAAUUGUCUUGUGAGUCUUUGGGGCCACGACGCCGAGGUAGUUGUGGUCAGAUUCUCACCGAUUAACCACACCAGAGUUGCCACUGGAUCUAUGGAUGGAACUGGAAAAAUUUUUCAUACAGAAUCCGGUCAGCAGUUGGGUACGUUGAAGGGCCAUAGAGGUGAAGUUAUUGCGCUCCAAUAUAAUGACGAUGGCAAUCAAAUAAUAACUGGGUCGUUCGACGGUAGUAUUGGUAUUUGGGACACUAGGACGUACACACGCACGAGUGCUUUAGUUGGCCACGAUGCUAAAAUAUCAAAUUGCAUAUUCAGCUUCGACUGCUCAAUAAUAGCAUCAUCGUCCUUGGACAAUACUGCCAGAAUUUGGGAUGCCAGGAUGAACACGUGUCUCGGUACCCUCUCGGGCCAUGAGGACGAAGUUUUGGAUGUGGCGCUUGAUAAUCAAGGGUCAAGACUGGCCACUGCCAGUAGCGAUGCGACCGCCCGUUUGUGGGACAUUACCGGUGAAUUUAAAGAGAUUGCUGUACUCCAGGGCCACCACGAGGAAGUAUCAAAAAUUUGUUUCAGUCCAAAUGGUCAUCAAUUGCUGACCUCAUCCUUGGACAGAACCGCGCGUCUAUGGUCAACCGAGGCAGGACGAUGUUUGCAGACUCUGGCUGGACAUACCGACGACGUUUUCAGUUGUGCUUUCUCGUACAAUGGUGACACCAUUGUCACAGCGAGCAAAGACAAUACAUGCACCAUCUGGAGGUGA